AUGGACAACGAAACAACCGAGAGAAGUUCCCAGUGUAAUGGCAUCGUGAGCCCUUGUCAAGAAGCACCUGUCGAACUUCUCGGCACCGGCCCAACGAAUCAAGAUCUUCUCGAAAAUUUCGAAAUCACAGGUACAGAAUACGAUGAUAUACUCGAAUCCAAGAGUACAGCCCCAACAGUGUCAUCAUACCAUGGUAUUCCUGCAGCCUUGAGCCAUGAGAUGGCAAAAUUUCUUUCCAACGACCAGCUAGCCAAGUUAAAAGACCUCCUCCAGACACAUUUGCCUUCCCCAGUCGGCAACCCAGAGAUACCUGUUGAAGGAUGCCCACUUCUCAAUGUGCUGAACCUGGACUGCCGCAGGCUGAUCUGGAAGCGUUUGCUGCUGAACCCACUUCUUGGGGAGAGUUUUGCCAUCGACGAUGAUCAGGCCAGCUUCGGGUUGUUCCCCACGAUCUUAAGAAUUAAUAGUCAGAUUUAUAAUGAGGGCAUGAAUAUCCUCUAUGGCAGCAACAAAUUCUUGAUUGGGUGCAUGCCGUACAAGCCAUAUUCCUUGGCCGAUUGGUACCCCAAAUCGUGCGCUUUGACCAGGGCCAAGCACCUUAAUUACACAUAUGACAACGUAUUAGAAAGUCAGAACAGCGUUAUUCCAGCUGCAAGAUAUGUUCAGCACUGGAAGAUUUUGAUCAGUGCUGUUGUCCCUCCACCAUACGCAACAGAGAAGGAACUCUUGUAUCUGUGUCAAAAAAUUUAUAUGGCCAACAUUCAAUCACUAGAAGUGUUGAUCAUCCCACGCGGCAUUGAAAGAGGCUGGAAUGAGAGCGAUAACUAUGUAAAUGAGGAUCAGCUCGCGAUCAAUCUGUCACCACUUGAACGUCUUCGGAAUGUUCAGCAAGUCGUCAUCCGGUCUGCAGAGUUUCACGAGAUUCCGGGUUUCGCAUUCGAUAAGAAACUUGCGGAUGAGCUCAUACCAAUCUUGCCCGACGCAUUUGAUGAGCUGCGGCUCAUUGACCUUAUUCAGGGUGACUCGGAGGUUGAGACAAUUGCGGAGAUGUACAAAAGUCUUCUCGCCUACGCCCAAGCCUACGAACGAUUGAAGACCUUUCAGUUAUCAAUGGACAUGAAUGACAUGAAUGACAUAAAAGAAAUGCCAGACCGGGGGUACAGCUUUGAACCCACCAAGGAUGUUGCCAUCUCUGAUCUAUACAUCAAUCCAUUCAAGGCCAGCUCUCAUCCUGUCGAAAGAGCAAUCAGUGCAGCCAAGACUUCAAUGUUUCAGGAUAAGAUAAAUGAUUUCAAAACCAAUCGUUCCAUUUUAAUUCAGUACUUGGAGCCCCAGUACCAGACCAUUGAAGCUGCAUUCAAGAACUUGGUCGAUUAUAUCAAACCCCAUAAUAUGUCAUAUGGGUUCUUCCAGUGCCCUUCAUUUAUCCACACGAAUGAAGAUGAAUAUGAAGAUGGAAUCGCCUCGUACAAUGAUAUUGCCACACAAGCUUUGGUCUUGCUAGAAGACUAUGCUGCUAGCUUCAAGCGUAAGUUAGAGCCGGCUACAAAGGUUGAGAUACGAAAGUAUAAGUCUCUUUUCAAUACCCUCUAUGACGAUCUUCCACGCGAACGACUCAUGAAGCUAUGCGAGAUGGCUUAUGAGAAGCAAUGGUGGAGUCAAUUCAUUGAAAGUUAUAGGGAGGCUGUAAAUGAUAUGGAUUCUCAAUAUCUUGCGAUUCGACAGGCUCGAAAGAAGUUGUAUGCGUGGGAUCUUCAGGCAACCGUACGGGAAGUGGAUGUGAAGGCUAUGCUUUCCGAUGAGGUGAUUAAUUGGGACGUAUGUGAACCAGACUUGGAGUCAAUGAGGCGUGGCGCAGAUACCGCUCUUAUGGAGGGCAUGAAGUAGACCAUGAAUACGAUAAUUAUAGCGAUAGCUAUGGCAAUGGUUGGCCCUCUGCAGAUAGAGGACAUCUUCCAUCUAAACCCACUUUAAGAGCAGUCAAAAAAUGCAGAGGUCUGAUAAAGGGUUGUUUAGACA